AUCAGAGCCCAGGACAAAAGUUUAGAGCAACGAUAUGUAGACGAACACACCGCGCACUUUCCACGCCGAGUUUUUGUUUGCGACUGGUUGAGUCCUGUUAAUUGUGUACAAAAGUGAGAUAGGCUGCACGGAGGGGAACAUAAGGAGACGACGGAGGCGCUUCAGCCGAGACACAAGUGCCGUGAGAAAGACACGCUCUCUCUCUCGCACACUCGACCACAGCCGCGCCCGGAUCACAUCCUCCAGCACCGCGCUCGCCCUGCUCCCCUGCUAUAGCAUGGCCAGUUCGAGCAAAGCGACUUUAAUCUUGCUCAUCUACGGAAUCUUAAUGCACUAUAGCGUCUUCUGCACACCUAUCGGACUAAGUUACCCUAAGAUUAGACUUGACAACGACGCCUUCGAUGAGGACGGCAAUUCGUUAUCAGACAUGGGUUUCGAUAGCGACCAGAUUGCUAUACGAAGCCCACCGUCCCUGAACGACGACGCGUACACGCUGUACUACCCCCCGGAGAAGAGACCAGAAAGGCAUGCUGAGGAAGAAUUAGAUAGAGCCUUGAGGGAGAUCCUGGGUCAGUUAACAGCGAGACAUUAUCUCCAUUCUCUGAUGACAAUUCGUGCAGGUGACGACAACAGCAUGGAGGACGAGUCAGAGCCAUUAUCCAAAAGACAUUCAGACGGGAUCUUCACCGACAGCUACAGCCGCUAUAGAAAGCAGAUGGCCGUGCAGAAAUACCUGGCAGCGGUUCUGGGAAGAAGGUACAGACAGAGAGUUAGGAACAAAGGACGCCGGUUUACCGUUUUGUAGCGUCGUGCACGCGCCCAAACUGCCCUCCUGUGUAUAUACAUCCAGUCGUUAAAUCAAAGUCAUUCAGAUAUAUCUGACCAACCAGUGGAUUGCGCCUGUGUUCUUUCAACAUGUAUUUAUGUAUGAAGUAAAGCCAUUAAAAUGAAUAUUUUAAUAAUAA